GAGGGAGGAAGUGCGCGUGCGGAGAGGGAAGAGCAGGAGGCGUGUGACGUCGCCGCGCCGUCAAGCGAGGAGUUUGUUGUCGCCGCCGCCGCCUCCUUCCCUCGCGUAGCUGCGCAGCGGCCUCCGGGCGAGAUGGAGAGCGCCAGCCAGGAUAUCAACCUUAACUCUCCCAACAAAGGUCUGUUGUCGGAUACUAUGACAGAUGUGCCUGUGGAUAACACGAGUGCUGCCGCCCCCGCUGCUCCUCCUGCAAGGGCCUCGGCCUACAAUGGGCUCACAGAAGCGGAGGAAGAGGAGCUAAGGGCCGAGCUGGUCAAGGUGGAAGAGGAGAUAGGCACCCUGCGCCAGGUAUUGGCUGCCAAAGAGAGACACUGUGGGGAGCUGAAGAGAAAGCUGGGCCUGACCCCCUUGGAUGGCCUGAAGCAAAACCUCUCAAAGAGCUGGCAUGAUGUCCAGGUCUCCACUGCUUAUAUGAAAACCUCUGAGAAACUUGGAGAGUGGAAUGAGAAACUGACCCGAUCGGACCUAUAUGUUUCGGCCAGCAGCACCCUGGAGGACUGGAAUGAGAAAUUAACCCAAUCAGAAGCCUACAAGAAGACGCAGGAAACUCUCUCGCAGGCAGGGCAGAAGACUUCGGCUGCCCUUUCCAACGUGGGUUCUGUGAUCAGCCGGAAGCUUGGAGACAUGAGAAAUUCUGCAACCUUCAAGUCUUUUGAAGACCGCGUUGGAACCAUAAAGUCCAAAGUUGUGGGCGGCAAAGACAACGGCACUGAUGAGCUCCACUCCCCAUCAGCAUCUGGCGACAAGCCCUCCCAAGACAACGCGCCUUUCUAAGUCUACAUCCGUGGUGCAUGACUGCCAGAGCCUCGCCCCUUGUUCUUCCCAACAUGCAAGACAAAAGGAAAAGGGUCCUGGGCCGCAGGUCCCACUCUGACGAGAGAGAUCCAUACAUCAUAUAUGUAGACGUUCUUUUGCUGCUGGAUUCUUCAGGUCCAAUAAAGUGAACACACAGUUUUUUGUACACUUAUAUAUUUUACACUAAAAAGGUUUCUAGAUGGAACACAUUGCUGGGCUGCCUUUUUUGGAAGAGCACCAGCAAUGAGGAUUCUGCAACCCUGGCCCAAAACAGCCCUUUUUUUUGGCACCAAAGUCCUGCACUCUUUCCUCCCACCCCGAUCCCCUCUAAUGUGCAGGCAAAAAAAUGAUUUCUGUAUGUCAUGUAGAAAGAAUAGUUCUCAGGUGCCGCUAGCUGCACAGGGAGCUUCUCUCGAUUCCUGCUCCAUCUCCUCCUCUGCAUAUAGCUAGCCAGCUUUCUGCUAUCGUGGCUUUCUCUGCGAUUGGAAGCACCGGGAAAGCUUCGGAAGUCUGCAGUUUCCAUUUAAGAUAUAUAUAACCAGGUUUGGGGUUUUCUUCCGGGAAGCAGGGGAGGGAGGGUGAUAGAAGAUAUUUAGAGCCUCUAUUUAGCGACUGCCUAGCUUUGCUACACCGAUUCUCUAGCUUUAAUGAAUCUCAGAACUUUUAUUUUUUUGGAAUGCAGUGGACUUCAGAACAUGCCAGCUUUUAGCAUCGACAUUUAGGGGCAAUCUACCUUUGAAUGCGGAAGCUGAAACACAAGCCUUACAUCACCACCUGCUUUACUGGUUUAUAACCUUUUUUAUAUCUCAAAAGCGCAAAGAAUUCUUUUUUGGGGGGGAGGGAAGGGGUGAAGCACUGGAGUUCUGCAUCCUACCAUAGUAAUCGCAUGUGGAUGUGCUGGUCUUGUGUUCAUUUCAUCGGUGUGUGGUGGUUCACAUGCCUGCUUUUGCUCUCUUUCUCUCUUCUGAGUGUGUGGAACUUGCUUCUCUGCCUCUGGGCUUAUGCCUCUGUUUCCUUAGUCCACCCAUUUAAUCAGAUUAAGGAAGGACAUGUUGAUCGCAGCACAAGAGAGCUAUUGUGGAGGGCUCCUUCUCUCUCUCUCGGUUUGGUUCUCCUACCAGGAACCUCCUUAAAAUACGUUGUACACUUUAUGUGAUGACAAAGAGAUCCACCUCUGAUGCUUUUUGUUCGCAACACUUGCCACCGGUUCCUGGCUCUGUUUUCAUUCAAUGCUAGGAGCACUAGUGUGUGGUGUGUCUGCUCCUCCUUCCAAAAAAAGGCUGCAAACCUUCCACUGUCCUGGCCCCUUAGUACUAAGGCAAAAGGUGCCUCUUAAAUUAUCCAAACCUUUCUGUGCCUUAGAGGCUCGGUGGGACUUCAGCAGUGCCCGAAGUACAUAUCGAUAAAGCUGUUUUGCUUCAAGGCCUUGGUGCCCCCAGAAGGCUUCAAGCUCUUAUCUGACCCCUCUUGCCCAGCCGCCCACUGAGAAGCAAGUUUCAACACUUAACGUGCUGAUUGUAGAACUCUCCCUGUUUCCUGUGUUGCCUAUGGACGAUGACCAUGCCGUGUAGACCUGGCACAACGGAGGAGAGAAUCUGCAGGGUGUGGGGGGUAUCAUUUGCUGGAGUUCGUUCAAGGGUAAAGUAGGCACCCGUGUUGGGUGGGGAAAGCGGUGCCACUGGGACCGGGGAGCUGUUAGAACACAGACUGAACUGUUUCUCCUGUACAGGUGACUACGGGGGGAACUUUGUCAAUAAAAUAUUCUUUUUUGAAAAGCAAAA